CGCCUCUCCAAAACCACAAUCCUUCCCUCAGUAGGCUCUCUCUCUCUCUCUCUCUCUCUCCGAGUUUCCAUCCCUUAGUCGAUUCCAAUGCUUCUUCGCGGCGCGUCAAAGAAGCUCAUCUUCAUGUCUCUUACACCAUCUCAUCCUCCUUUCUCUCUCCUCUCUCCUCGCUCUUCAUCUCUCCGCCUCUCUCGCCUUUGUCUCUCCACCAUCUCCUCUCAUCGCAGCCGUCGAUCUUCCUACACCAACCGCUCUCGCCUCACCAUUUCCGUCAGAGCGUCUGAAGGCAUUCACACUCAGACCGGCAUCAAAGAAGACUACACAGAGUCGUCAUCGUCGUCGUCCGUCGGGCUGUCGGUGAAUCCGACGGUUCCGCAUCAGUGGCCCGAAUGGACGAAGCUGCUGGAGAGUCUCCGCGCCGGAGGGUAUUUCGAUCGGGAGGUUCGUCCUGCAGUAGGGGACGUCGAUGGCGCUAAUGCAGAUGCGUUCGAGGUGUUUGAGGAUUUGCCAGGGGAAUUCAUGCGGGCUGUGAAUGCGUGCCUGUUGUUUGCUCGCGAUCGGACGGAUUUGCUAAGGUUCCUUUCCAAGAAAGAUAUUGAGGUUUUGGUGGAAAAUGGUUCUGCAUUCUUGUUCAAAAAUGGUAUGAAUUCGACCAGGCGGUUGCGGGCUUUCUUAGUCAAUGAUGGCAGCAAUGUGUUGGAAUUUGAGAAGGCACAAACAGUCGAUGUGAUGCGGUUUUUGUUGAGCAAUGCCUACAGUCCUCUUGUUGCUUCAGACCAAAACAACCGUAACAAUAGGGAGCUUGUUGAAGCAUCCAUGCGUAAUUUACUGAGUGAGCUGGUUGGUUUGAGUGGGAGCGUCAGAGAGUCAGGCUUUAUUGAGUCAAUGCCGAGACAGUUUCCGACUGGAUAUGGGCAAUCGCCAAGGCCUGUUGGGCAAAACAUUGAAAUGAAGAGAGGGGACUGGAUCUGUACCAAGUGCAGUUUCAUGAACUUCGCAAGGAACAUGAAAUGUCUCGAAUGCAAUGAAGUGCGGCCAAAGAGGCUUCUGACUGGUGGAGAGUGGGAGUGUCCUCAAUGCGAUUUCUUUAACUACGGGAGGAACACUGUAUGCUUAAGGUGUGAUUGCAAGCGCCCUGGAGAAACCACGUUUGGUGCUCCUACCACUAGGCCUAGUUUUGGGUUUGAUGAGAAGUCAAAUACAGAGCAAGCUCUUAAUGGGACCGACCCCGACAAACGCGACAUUGAGAGCCGCCUAGCUGCUAACGAAGAGAAGGCACAGCGGUGGUUCAGCAAGAUUUCUCAGCUGGACAGCACCGCUGAUAUGAGCAGUGCGAUAGCUGACGAAGACUUCCCAGAGAUCAUGCCACUGCGGAAAGGUGUGAAUCGAUUCGUUGUCAGCACGAGGAAAACGCCAUUAGAGCGGAGGUUGGCCAACGCUCAGUACCGGAGGAAUUUGGGCAAUGAUGGUUCUGCCGAGGGGAAUGAUUUCCCGGCAGGUGAUGUGGGUCGGGUUGGAUCUGAUCAAACAUCUGAAACAUCGAUUAACCAGAGCUUAGAUAGGAUAUUAGGACGCUCGUCAGCUGAGAAAAAUGAUGGUCUUUCAGCAACUGGAACUGAACCAAGAUCCGCUCCUCUGCAGAACAGACAACCUAUAGGUAAUCAGGGGAGCGAUUCCGGCUAUGUUCCGUUUGUGCCAUUACCUGCAGACAUGUUUGCCAAACCACAGAAACCUGGCACCGAAGAUCAAAAUGCCAACAGCAAAUAUUCUGUGGCAGCAAAAGCUGUGGAGCGUGCAGUUCCUGUUUCUGAGAAGCCAGAAAACCAUACGCAAAUUGAUAAAGAGAAAGAGCAAGUCGAUAAAGAGAAAGAGCAGGCUGAGAAAUCUGAGAGAUGGUUUAAGAAAGUUGCAGAGCUACAUGAUGUCACAGAUCUGGCAAGCGCCAUCUCCGACGAGGAUUUCCCAGAGAUCAUGCCCAUGCGGAAAGGGGAGAACCGGUUCGUGGUUAGCAAGAAGAAGGACCGUUCGUUGACGUCACCCCAGUACAAGAGACGGCAGGCCAUGGAGCAAGCCAACAACUCCAAUUUCGUCCCAUUUGUCCCUUUUCCCCCAGACUAUUUUGCCAAGAACAAGAACACGGAAACCCAACCGUCAACUGAGAAAUCUUCAUCUGAAACUACUGUUUCUUCAACACCUGAAAAGAUUCUGGACACUCCGGAGAAAGCAGAGGGCUCUAAUUGGGGGACUGUUGGAAGCUCGGCUCCAAGGUCUGAAAAUCAACAGAAAAAUGGAGAGAAUUGGAAUGUGGGUUUAUCUCCAAAUAACUUGAGUGAGAGCAAGGGGGAUGCUGUUUAUGGGGGAGCUUCUGGAAACUCAACCCAACGGCCUGGUAAUCUACAGACAAGCGGGGGAGAGAGUUGGAACAGUGGGCGGGCCACACAACAACAACCUGAGAGCAGGCUGAGCAGCGGGGAGAGCUGGAACCGGGGGUUUACGGGAAAGAGCUUGGAGGGAUCGAUGGUGAAGGAGCCAGAUCCACUGGACAUGUCAGAGGAGGCGAAGGCGGAGAGGUGGUUCCGGCGUGUCGCGCAGAUCAAAGACAUCUCGGAGCUGAGCCAGAUCCCUGACGAGGAUUUCCCCUCGAUAAUGCCGAUGAGGAAAGGGGUGAACCGGUUUGUUGUGAGCAAGAGGAAGACGCCGCUGGAGAGGAGGCUUACGUCCCCACAGUACAGGAGGAAUCUGCCAAUUGUGAGCUCCAGUCCGACGGAUAACACGGAUGAUAGAUCAGAUAAGGAGGCGGCAUCGUAGUAGUUGGGAUUUCAGAUUUCGGUAUGGAUAUUGUUUUCGUGAAGCUGCUUCUUCAUAAUUAUGUCUUUAAAAGAUGAAUUUUGAACUUCCAAAAAAAAAAAAAACAGAAGAUGAAUUUUGUGUUGGAAUUUUGAUCCUUU